AUGGCUGUGCAAUAUUAUUUGCAGCCACCACGCGAACAGAUUUUCUACAAAGUUCUUGUUGUUUUGGCAAAUUUGACAGCAUUAGGGAACAAGAGCUGGUGGGGUUACACAGUACCUAAUAUUUAUUAUCGCUUAAAUAAUUUGAUUAUCAUAACAUUCGCACCGUCACUGCUCAUAUCUCAACUGAUAUACUUAUAUGUGAAUUUCAAUGAUUUAUCAUUCGAUACAUUGGGCAUAAUUUUUUCUAUAAUUCCCGUAACGUGUUUGGCUAAUGUCAAUGUUUAUUCAGCGAAAUUGUCAUAUUACAAAAAGAUCAUGAAAGAUUUCAUGUGUAAAAUUCAUCUUAACAACGGGAGAACUGAAAGCGCAUUUACCAAAAAGAAAAUCCUCAUAAUAGAACGCCUAUCAAGAUGGACGGCAUAUUACUUAAUAUUUUUCUUCUCAAUGAACUGGGUUACGUGGAUUUGGAUACCUGUAUUCAAUAAUAUAAACAACAUGGAAGCUAUACAAAAUCGUAGUAUGAAACUACAGACAUGUCUCUACCUUUGGGUUCCCUUCGAUUACAGUUAUAACUAUCAGAACUGGGUUAUUGUGCAUAUAAUUAAUACCUAUGUUGUGGGUAUGGGAGUAACUGUAAUGAUGAUUUUUCAUACAUUAAACUAUAUAUUUAUGUAUCAUUUGAUUGGCCAUAUACAGAUUUUAAAGCAUAAAAUACGUAGUCAAUUUCCUAAGAAUAUAACCAAUGCGAAAGUUAAAGAUAUUCUGAUUGAAGUUUUGAAAUACCAUGCGUUUAUUAUAAGGGUAUUUAAAGAUGUCCAAUCGGCGUUUGGUAUCAACGUGGCAACAAAUUAUCUGCAUAAUUUAGUUGGCGAUAGUUUGAUAAUGUAUCAAAUUAUGUAUGCAGGCAAAGAAAACCUUUUAUUGUAUGUUGUCAUGGUAACCGUCUACAUGGGAGGUUUGAUAUUAAUGUCAUUUGUACUUGAAGAAAUACGAAGACAGACAGAAGAUCUAGCAGAUGUAGUGUACGGCAUGCGAUGGGAAACUAUGUCCAUAUCCAAUCAGAAAAUUUUUCUUCUCUUUCUACAAAGAGUCCAGCCUGCCAUGGAGUUUACAGCUCUAGGUGGUCUAAAGGCUGGAGUAAAACCCAUGAUUUCCAUAAUAAAAACCACAUUCUCGUAUUACGUUAUGCUGGAGACCACGAUGGCUGAGAAGUCGUAA